CAGUUGUCUGUUAAAAACAACCACAUAGUACGGAUGACAGGUCUGAGCUCACUUACCUCACUCACAGUUCUCAGUCUGUCCAGCAACAGUAUUGUGGCUAUAGAUGGGCUUCAAGAGCUAACCCAAUUGAUGUGGUUGGACCUUUCAUCGAAUUCUAUUAAAGUAAUUUUUAUAGGAAUAACUAAUAAACAAAUAGUAGUUUGGUUGUGCAUUGGGUGUCAGGACUUGUUCAAGAACUUGAUAAUUAAUUGUCUUUUGAUUAGUUAGCGACUUGAAGUAGGUCUCAAGUACCUUAUAAUUUUUCAAAGCUUGCUGGAUCCUCAGCUUUACCUAAUGAACAAUGUUUAAAAGAUUAAUGUAGCUUGGAAACAUAUUAUGUUAUUACUGAGGGUUGUAUUUUUUGUAUCAGUCCCUUUUCAGAAUUUAAAAAAAAACAUUUCUUUUACAAUCAUAUUACAUUAAAUAACAAAUAUUUCCCAAAGACCUGCAAAAAUAGUCUAAAAAUAAAAUUUCUUUAAAUAUUAGCUUUUCUUUCAUAAUUAUCCUUAAAAAAAAAAAAUUAACUACUUAUUUUUACUUUUAUAUAAUCUCAUAUCUUUUAUCACCAAUAUAAAAUAUAAACUUCUGAUGCAUUUAGUCUAGCAGUAUUUGUAUAUGCAUUCAGCACCCUAUGAUUUAAAAACAAUUAAUCAUUUACAAUAAAACAGAACAGUCAGUUUGUAACUCUUUUUUCUUCUUCAUUUCAGAACAUUGAACAUUUGCCUAAAGGAGGCAAACUUCAUUAUAUCGAUCUCUCGGAUAAUGACGUUACACACAUCUCUGAUAUGAGUAGUUUGCAAAAUUUGAAGGUUUAUUUUUAUCUAAUUUUGUAAACAUGUUUUAUCAAAUAUUGUCUUUUUUAUUUAGAUUUUAGUAUUUAAUUAUUAUUUAUGUACCUUCUUCAUUUAUUUGCUAAAUAUUUAUUGAAUUUUAAAUUCAGAUUAUAAUGUAGAAUACAUUUAGAACUCAUUGGUUAGUUGAGCUUGUAAGCUUUAAUUUUUAAAAAAUGUUUUGAUAUUUUUAAACUCAAAGAAAUGUAUUAAAAAUAAAAGAAAUAUUCAACUUACUUUGCAUCUUGUGAGCCCAUCUUGUAUUUUCAUUUGAGAGCUUAAUCCACCCUCAUGUGUUACUAUUUACAGACACUGCUUUUGCACAGCAAUAACAUUACUUCUUUGAAGCCGGCAGCAGUCUGCCUGCCACAGAGUGUGGCUAUUCUCUCCCUUGCAGAUAACGGCAUCCAUGAUCUGAAUGAAGUAAUUUUUAAGCAAUUUCAAUUUUUCUUUUUCCUAAUCAUCUGAAAAAAGAAAUGAAAAAAAAAUGUUUUUAAAUAUCUUGUUGUUUUUUUUAAAUUAUUAAUUUUCAUUUAAACAGCUUUAUUUAAAGUCAUGUUAUGUAAGUCAUCCUUAAAGCAUUUUUUAUAAUUGAUUAAUAAAAUUGGAUUUGCAGAGUGGAGUUUAGUGGUUUAUUAAAGGAAUUGCAGUUUGUUUGGGAAAGAAUUUUCAGUGGUGGCCACCAUUAUAUUUUUAUUUUGAAGUUGUUUGAAAGAAUAACAUCAUUUAGCAUGUUAAUUGUUAACAUUGUACACUUUUUUUUUUUAUUUGUCUUUCAGAUAUGUUACCUUUCUGGUUUGCCUAAUUUGCAACAACUGUCGAUUUCUGAAAAUCCUUGUGUACUCAUUGAAUCUGGGAACUCAUAUCCUUUUUUCACCUGGUCAUGA